AUGGAAAAGAUUGAUACUUCCACCAAUUCCAAAAAGAUUCAAGAGCCAUACGACAAAUUGGUUCGCGGUGACCCAAAUGUCACCUAUGUCGUUUAUGCGGUCGACAAGAAUGCCACUUUGGAUGUUGACGAGACUGGUUCAGGUUCAUUGGAUGAAUUUGUGGAGAACUUUACUGAUGGACAAGUUCAAUUUGGAUUAGCAAGAGUUAAUGUUCCUGGCUCUGACGUUUCUAAAAUUAUAUUGUUAGGUUGGUGUCCUGAUAAUUCGCCUGUCAAGUUGAGAUUGUCAUUUGCAAACAAUUUUGCAGAUGUCUCUAGAAUCUUUAGUGGGUACCAUAUUCAAAUCACGGCGAGGGACCAAGACGAUUUGGACGUUGAUGAGUUUUUGAAUAGGGUUGCAUCUGCUGCUGGAGCUAGAUACUCAACUGUAGGUGGUGGUAAAGCUAGUGGUGGUUCGGCCUCUAGAAAAUCAGCUUCACCUAGUAUCUCAAAACCAAUAGUGUCUAAACCUGUUUCUUCAUCUACUAAGAAACCAGAGUUUGUUCCCAAAUCCACUGGUAAGCCAAUUACUCCGGUUGUGUCAAAAUCAAAAUCACCAGCUGCAAGAGAUGACGGAUGGGGGGAUGCACAGGAUGUAGAAGAGAGAGAUUUCGAUGAAAAACCUUUGGAAAAUGUUCCUUCAACAUACAAGCCCACCAAGGUCAAUAUCAAUGAAUUGAGGAAACAAAAAUCUGAUACAGUGAGCUCGACACCAAAAGCACAAAAAUCAGCUAACGACAGCAAUAACAAUCAAAUAAACAAGGGACAAAAGAAACAAGCUGAUGGUGAUGAUGAUGAAGAAAAAGAGGAUGUUACAGGUAAGCCAUUGAGUGAGCGUUUGAAAGCAUAUGACCACCAUGAUGAUGGUAGAUUGACUUCAUUGCCAAAACCAAAGGUUGGCCACUCGGUUGCAGACAGAUACAAAGCUAAUGCUGGUCAAGGUAAAGCUAGCUUUGGGGCAAAGCCAAACUUUGGUUCGACUCCAAGUUCCUCAAAGCCAAAAGAUAAAGUUGUGGGUGGAUUCUCGAAAGAUUUUGGUGCUGAAAACGGAAAAACACCUGCACAAAUUUGGGCGGAGAAGAGGGGCAAGUACAAAACAGUGUCCUCUGAAGAUGACUCCAAUGAUAAUGAUGCUUCCGGUUCGACUUUGAAUCAAGCGGAUGAGCACCCAAGUCAUGCCUCUGAAUUGGCCAAGAAAUUUGAGCAACAGGCCAAAUUACAAGAUCAAGAAGAUGAUGAGGAAGCGGAGGAGGAGGAGGAAGAUGAUGAUGAUGAAGAAGAUGAGAAACCUGCGAGAUUACCUGCUAGAAGUAACAUCCCACCACCUCCACCUGCUCAAAGCACUAAUCCUGAUGACGAAGACGAAGACGAAGAAGAGGAUGAGGAUGAGGAUGAAAAGCCUGCUAGGUUACCACCUAGAAGAAACCUUCCACCACCAAUCUCUAGUCAAGGUUUUGGGCAAGAUGACGAAGAGGAGGAGGAAGAAGAGGACGAGGAGGAUGAACAACCAGCAAGAUUACCUGCUCGUAACUUACCUCCAUUACCAAGCAGACAAGUUGAGCCGGAACCCGAAGAGGAAGACGAAGACGAAGAUGAACAACCUCCAUUGCCAAGUAGACAAGUUGAGCCGGAACCCGAAGAUGAAGAGGAAGAAGCAGAAACACCUGCAUCAUCAGCUGGUGCAACUGCUACCGCUGAAUAUGAUUAUGAGAAAGACGAGGAUAAUGAAAUUGGAUUCGAGGAAGGAGACCUUAUUAUCGAGAUUGACUUUGUCGAUGAAGAUUGGUGGUCUGGUAAACACCAAAAGACCGGCGAAGUAGGAUUGUUCCCUGCAAACUACGUGAAAUUGAACCAAUAA